UGGAAUCGUGCAUCGCAUAGGCCGGCAGAAAUUUUGAAAAUAUAAGAAAUUAAAAUGCUCUCAAUGAAAAUAAUUUUUGUUCUCGGCUUCGCCGUGACAAUUGUUUCGGCUGGCAUUGGCGGCGGCAUAAAGGAGCUCUCAGGUGAUGAUCUGAAGGAAGCCGAACAAAUCCUAAACGAUUCGUUGUCCAAAUUGGCAAGCGGCGAUGGACCCAACUACAAGUUGGGCAAAAUCAUCAAGGCCACUCGUCAAGUUGUUUCGGGCACCAAAUACGUCUACGAUGUCGAAUUGAUUGAGGGCAGCCAGACGAAGGUGUGCAAUGUGAAGAUCUGGUCCCAGCCCUGGCUCGAGAACGGAAUCGAGGUCACUUUUAACUGCCCCGACGGACAAGUGGUCAAGAGGCACGGCAUCUAAGCUGAUUCUCUGUCU